AUGCCGUCAAAUCUCGUUCUCAACCCGUUGCUGCAUCCGCUCUCCGUCCCCGUUUCCGUCCCCGCCGCCCUCUACCACCCUGACGUGCUUCCUCCAAAGACCACAACGGGCGAUUGUCCCUCCAGGUGGACUGCGGCUCCCUUACGGGACGGUCUGCCAACGCCUCCAAACGAGAUGAAUGGUCUAGCAUACAGCUUCAUGCCUUCGACAACAACGACAACUAAUUAUGGCGCCAAGCUAACCGGUACCUCCUCCACCGUGCCCUAUGGCAAGCUUCCUGCCUACGUCAAUGCUCGAUCGACAGUGACCCCGACAACAACAACAACAUCAUCAUCAUCAUCAUCAUCAUCGACAGCUUACCUGCAGAUUCCUUCGUCCAUCAACGAUACCAAGGGCAGUCUGGCCGAAUUUGCCGCUCAGAUGACCUGUCUGUUCUGGUUUGAGAAAACUACCAAGCUCAAGGCUAUCGAAGACCGCUCUCAUCUGGCCCUCGCCCUUGUCCCUGAAGCCUUCCCCACCAUUGGCUUUCAAAAAUGGGUCACCACCAUCCUGUCAACCACCCAGGUGAGCCAGAAUGUCAUCCUUCUGGCCCUCUUGUUCGUCUAUCGCUUGAAAAAGUUCAAUCCGGGCGUCAAGGGCAAGAAGGGCAGUGAGUUUCGAUUGAUGACCAUAGCAUUGAUGCUGGGAAAUAAGUUUCUCGACGACAAUACCUACACCAAUAAAACAUGGGCCGAAGUCUCAGGCAUUUCCGUCCAAGAAAUCCAUGUCAUGGAGGUCGAGUUUCUCAGCAAUGUCCGCUACAAUCUGUUCGUCUCCAAAGAGGAGUGGUCCGCCUGGCACGCCAAACUUGGCUUGUUCGCCGACUACUUCACCCGUGCGUCCCGGGUGCCUCUCAACGACCGGCGCAGCCCGACUGCUCCGCCUCUCCAGAUCCCAUCUGCGAGUCUGCUUCCUCCCACUCGCACGCAGCCCGUCUCGCCUUCGUCGAAACUGCCGUCCCCGCCAGCUUCGGCACCCCUGGUUGCUCCGAGUCACUGGAACAUGCCUUUCAACAAUGGGGUUCCUCCCCCGUAUCUCCCCAGCGAGAUUGCUCCGCCUUCCAUCAACUCCUACCGCAAACGCAGCCGAGACGAGUAUCAGAUGGACGAGCAGCCGGCCAAGAAGAUCAUGAUGUCCAACAAUCAUCCCACCCUCCCGCCAUCCUCCUCUUCUUCUUCAGCGGCCUCUACUCUGGGUAGUAUCCCCACUCUCCCUCCCGUUCUCGCCCAAAAUUCCCUCCCAACGUCUCUUCCAUCAUCCCACGUUCCGAUGGCAAGCGUUGUGCCACGCCUCCCGCGACCCAAUCCACCGCCUCUCCCGGCGACAACCACUGUACCGCAUCUUCCAGUCCCUCCUCCGUCAGCUGUCCCUCCUACUCGUCCCAUGACGACCGCGGCGGCUGCCGCCUUUACUACCCCGCAGGCCACAUGGACGCACCCGCCAGUGACUAGCGGGUUGUACAGCACGCCCGUCUCGCUACCGGACCCGAACCGACUUAACAGUAGCCCCUUUGGGGUCCCCUCGACGACGACUUCCCCCGCUGUGUCAGCGUACUCCGUCCAUACGCCACAGAUGCACCUCUCCCCGUCCUUCUUCCUCGCGAACCGCAACUCCCCUUACCGGCCCGUCCGUGCUGUCAACACCCUGUUGAUCCCUCCACCCUCGGGUUCCCUACUACAGCAGCGCAGCAUCCCCUUUGAUCACAUGCACUACCAGCCCCUGGGCAAGACUGCCGAACGUAAGACGGGUCUCCUGCCGUAUGUGCAAGAUGUCUGGCCUACCUCGGGGUCGGGCCCAGUCUCAGCCCUGGGCUCAGCCACAGCGCCCGGACCAGUCCCAGGGUCAGCACCUCAGGGGCAAUUCCUCCAGCCCGUGUUUCACAACUCACCGAGCUAUCCUUGA